GAUUUCCUAAGUUCAACACGUUGGACAAACUUUGAAGGGAACUUAAGCAAAUGCCAGAGUAGAUUUAACAGAUGUCCAACAUUUAAGGUGUAUACACUUGCUUGCUUGUACCAAAGUUUGGAACGUCAGUUACACACUUGAGCAAAUGUCCGGCCAUUAAAACUCAAUUUAACGAAGUUUCGUGUAUAAAACUGUGUUUGUGUAUAUACAUAUAUACCUGUGUGUGUGUGUGUGUGUGUGUGUGUGAAAAAUUGGCUAGAAAAGUCGGUAAAAAUAAAUCGUUGCUUCCCGGGAAGGUUUUCCCAAUUCAUGUGAAAUUAUAAGCAAGCUAGCAAUUAAUACUAUAGAUUAGUGGAAUCAAAUGAGAAUGCUUGGAACAAAAGCAUGCCAGAAAAUAACCAUACUUAAAGCCUCGGUAUUUGAAGAGUAAUUCAACUUCUUCACUUGAAAGCAACAAAUUAAAAUCUGUCUAUAUAAACACCUCAACCUCUUUCUUCCAUUACAUCAGAAUUUACGGGAACCUACAGACGGCAAGAAAGAUGGACGAAAUCCCUCUUUAUUAUGCCUUCUCUCUCUCUCUCUUCCUUUGCUGUGCUAUGGCUCAUGAUUUUUCAAUUUUGGGUUAUUCCCCUGACCACUUGACUUCCAUGGAUAAGAUGGUUGAGCUUUUCGAAUCGUGGAUAUCAAAACAUGACAAAACUUACAAGGGCAUUGAAGAGAAACUUCAUCGAUUAGAGGUAUUCAGAGAUAACCUGAAGCACAUUGAUAAAAAAAAUAAGGAAAUCAGCAGCUAUUGGCUUGGGUUGAACGAACUUGCUGACUUGACCCACCAAGAGUUCAAGAAACAAUAUCUGGGUUUGAAACCUGAGCUUCCCAGAAAGAUGCAAACUGACUACGGAGACUUCACCUACAGAGAUGUGAAUCAUUUUCCUAAGUCUGUUGACUGGAGAAAAAAAGGGGCGGUCACUCUGGUUAAGAACCAAGGUGCAUGUGGUAGCUGUUGGGCCUUCUCUACUGUUGCAGCUAUUGAAGGCAUAAAUCAUAUAGUCACAGGAAAUCUAACUUCCUUGUCAGAGCAAGAGUUAGUUGAUUGUGACCGGGAAUUCAACAAUGGCUGCAAUGGAGGUUUAAUGGACUAUGCCUUUGAGUACAUCAUCUCUAAUGGUGGCCUUCACAGAGAGAUAGACUACCCAUAUCUAAUGGAUGAAGGCACUUGUCAAGAGCAAAAAGAAGACUUGCAGGUGGUGACCAUAACAGGUUAUCAUGAUGUGCCAGCAAACGAUGAAGCAAGUCUUCUCAAGGCACUGGCACACCAGCCUCUUAGCGUGGCUAUUGAGGCUUCUGGCAGAGACUUCCAAUUUUAUAGUGGGGGGAUAUUUGACGGACCCUGUGGAACUAAUCUAGAUCAUGGAGUGGCAGCAGUCGGAUAUGGAUCGUCAAAGAAUUCAGACUAUAUAAUAGUGAAGAACUCAUGGGGGCAGAUGUGGGGAGAGAGAGGAUUCAUUAGGAUGAAGAGAAAUACUGGGAAACCCGAAGGACUAUGUGGCAUCAACAAAAUGGCCUCAUAUCCUACUAAAACUAAGUGAUGUACUUAUCCAGUCUUCAGUUGUCACUCACAAACAUUUUUUUUCCUAUUUUAGUUUCAUUUUCAUCCCUUAAUUAAGACAGCUUAAAAUUUUCAUGAUCUUAAUGCAAUUAAUGCUCAUUCAGUUCAA